UGUAUUCUCACCAGCUUCUGAGCUCCUCUUUUGUAUGAAAUAUUCUGGAUUAACUGAUCAUCACCAACAUCUGUCUCUGCUCUCUCUGCGGCCUGCCGCCGCCGCCGCCGCUGCUGCUGCCGCUGCCUCUGCACAUUCUCCGCGCUCACCUCCCCAUCCCGCGCCGCGACCACAUUUGUCCGCGCAGCAAUCGCUCGCGAUGAUCCUCGCUGCUCGAAAACCAGUGUCUGACAGACGCCAUGUGUCUGCUGUUAACUUGCCGACGAUGAACUCUGGCAGAGUGGAUCCGACACCAACAUACAGCGCUUCGAGUUGUACUCAUCUCUCUAGUCUGCCGCAAUACCUUCCUCCUGCCCCUCCUGCGCGACACUUCUCAGAGCCACCCCAUCAGUUUCGGAAUCAGAGGGUUGAUUCAGGUCAGAGGAGUGUGAGUAAUACCCACGAGCGUCGACGGAGCGAGGCUGAAUAUCAGGAUGUGGUCGCUCAACUUCGGUUAUACCUCGCGAUCGUGAAACUCGUCGUCUGCGGUUCGACGUUUCUGUAUAACAAUAUUCUUGGAGUUAUAGUUUCUAUGUAGGAGGUUUGCUAUUGCCUACGUGCUUAAUCUGUUUAUUCUGACAUUACACGCAGAUUUAUCUUCGCCCAACCCUUUUGCGACCAGAUCCCCACUCUUCCGAUCCUCCAAACCCUCUUCUUCCGCCUAAAACCCCCCGCUCCGCUCCCGCAGCAGUCCGACUUUCCCCGUCUAUCGUCAAGAACACCCUCUCACAACUCAAUCUCGCGAGACCUGCUGGUUGAAAAACGACGGCCGCGAACGACGUCGGCGUCAGCGGCUGAAGUUGGAGGGGCUAGGAACUACGGCGGUGUUGCCAAUUCCGCUCUUUUUUAUUCUUAAAUUCUGGGUGUGCUUUUUUACAAUUACUCUAAUGAGUCAAAAUUUGUGCACUGGGAAAUAAAAAUAUAC